UGCUCAGCUACGGCCCACCCAGGCACCCGGUAGAAUCAAAAGCCGCGAGCACGCACAAAGCGACACCACAGACAUCUUCGCCUCCUCUUGCUCCGGCCAUGUCGCGCUUCCUCCGCCCCGCCGCCCUCGCCGCCGCAGCGACCGGGGGGCUCUUCUCUGCAGUCUCGUGGAGCCCCUCCUCGCCCCUCGCGUUCUCGGCCACCCCGUCAUCUUCUCCGUCGACGCCCGUCGGCCCCGCCGACACCACCGGCCACACCGCCCUCGUCCGCGCGCACCCGGGCCUCCGCGAGCUCAACACGAUGCUUACCCCGGCCUCCUUCCUCGUCGACGCCACGCAGACGCUCCUCGGGGCUGCUCUGCGCAUCACGCCCUUCUGCCCCAAGAGUCUCCGCCUGGUCCGCGACUUCCUCACCGCAGAGAUCCUUUCCGCGGAGUCGGAGUCGGAGGGCCCCGCCGACGCAGCGGCGGAGCAGGCGGUGCUGGCCCGGAUGCAUAUGGCCCUCUUCGACGCUCGCGAUGGCCGCCUCGACGACGCGCUCGACGCCAUGUCGCGACUCGCCGCGGAGCACUCCGGCAGCACCCUCGCGCACCUCUACGCCACCGCGCUUUGCCACGUCCUCGGCCGGCACCAGGACGGGGCCCGGUGGCUCCACGACGCCGCCGUGCCCAUCCUCUCCCGCCUCGAGCACAAGAUAGCGUUCGUGGAGGCCAUCCUUUUCUCCACGCUCGGCUCCGCGCCGCGCGCCGUGGCGGGCUCAGAGGAGCUGGUCCUGGCCACCACGCUCGGGCUGGUGGAGAUGUCGCUGUGGUCCAUUUUCAAGCACGGGGAUCUGUCGGAGAGGCUCGAGGUGUUGACGUUGAUGGCAUUCUUGCGUGGCGUCGUGGCGAGGAAGUUACGCAGAGAUGAUGGAUCAGCACCGCUAGAGGGAUCUCAGGACGCCACCCCGAACUAGUACACGCCAAGCCUAGGAGGUGAAUUGUCUUCAGUAGUUCACUCGGAUUUUGGUAACCAACUCAGAAGAUCCUCGGUUAACACUGAAUGAAUGUUCACAGUGAAGUGCUGCUGCGGAGUUUUGAAUUGGUCGUGAAGCGAUAGUGUAAUGCAAAUUUAGUCGCUGACCUUGUCCUUACCAAAUUUCACUUUUGUCUUGGCACUACCAAGGUGUCCCAUAGAUUGAUACCAAAGUACUGCUUACGCUGGUGUGGCAAUCAAUGCGUGAAAGCUAUAUGACUUGACGGAUAUAUGUUUCUAUGCUUGGAUCGUUAUGCUGUGAAAAUAUUAC